AUGGCAUCCAUAUUCACCUUUGAUCCCGAUCCUCCGCGGGUGUCUUCGCCGUGGUCGAUAUCGGAGUCCUCUACGCCUCAGUCUACUCUUGCCGGUAAUCGACUGGCCAUUAGAACUUGUUCAAGCGCGACGCUGCGCAGUGCAGAUCAUGACUCUUUGUCUGACUAUGGGAUUUCGAAGCUGGACCCGGAGCCACAGGAGGGUCCGACCGAAUAUAAGCUGCAUCUUUUACUGCGUCCUCGUCGGUUGUACACGUAUAUGUCUACGGGACAUGUUGUGGCAGGCUCGUACCAUUCUCGAGCGAGCGUGUCAACUUCGUUCCCCACCACACCGUCUAGUUACGAGACCGCCAUGAAACCACAGCAAACCCGGUCAACGCACAGUCGGCAAGAGCGGCUGCAGCAUCUGACAACGCAGCUGCUGUGGCGGUUACAGCAGUCAUCGCCCUUUCAUUCGUCUACCGCGACUAAUAAUCUCGUGCUGCCUCUUCUGCCUGACAUGGCAUCGCAGUCGGAUGCUCCGCAGAGGCCGGCUAGAUUGCUCCCAGGGCUUGAGGAGAGCCAGGGUGCGCUGUAUGAGAUUGGCGUUGCGGAUGAUGGGACGUUUGUUGGACUUACUCAGGAUGAGCUGGAGGAGAGUUUGGGCAAUUUGCAGAUCAUGGCGGGUAGUUUGGGCUGUAAGAUGGAUGUUUUGCGAAGGGUCGUUGUUGGUGAAUGUGAGUGGGAAGGCGACUCAGUCGAAUCUCACAUAGAGGGUCUUUGGGUUGCCGAGGCACUCGUUAGUCCUGAUCUGGACUAUUAUCGUGCGGCGCCAAAAGAGGGUGAUGCGUCUGGGGUUGAGAAAAAGCCUGUUUCGGAAGACGAUCAUUCUAGCACCGGGCAGAUCCGCGUAUCCAUCACUGGUCCCAGUAUCGCAGGCAAAUCCUCCCUGCUGGGUACGCUGACGUCUUCCUCGCUGGAUAAUGGACGAGGGAAAAGCAGGCUGAGUCUGCUCAAGCAUCGACACGAGAUUUCUUCCGGAAUCACAAGUUCCGUUGCUCAGGAGUUGAUUGGAUACUCGGGCGAUUCCUCUGACACGGUUGAUGUGAUCAACUAUGCGUCUGGCAACGUUGCUGCAUGGGAUGACAUCCAUGCUAUGUCGGUGGGUAGUCGUCUAGCCUUUGUUUCUGAUCUUCCCGGCUCGGUGCGUUUUUCGAAAUCUAUGCUCAGAGGACUGAUCAGCUGGGCUCCUCACUACGUGAUACUCUGUAUUCCCGCCAAUUGCGACGAUGGAACUGCGUCAGGUAGCGACAGCAAGCCCGCAGAACAGACCACGGAAAUCGACCUGGCUCUAUCGUACUUGGAACUCUGCAUUAAACUCGAAGUACCUAUUUUGAUUGCAAUAACUAAGAUGGACCUCGCUUCUCGCGCGGGACUGAGAAAUACGCUCGCCAAGGUUCUGUCGGUGUUGAAGCUCAGCGGCAAGAAACCUGCCAUGCUACCUGUGUCAGGUUCAGCUGACAAGGUUGCGGGUUUGCAGCGAAUCGGCACAGUGGAAGGUGGGGAAGUGAAGAAGGUGAUUGAUGCCAUGGCUGGUGAUACGCUAUUGACAGUACCUAUCGCCCUCACAAGUGCUGUCGAUGGCUCUGGGAUAGAGAAGUUACAUGCAUUUCUACGAUAUCUUCCAGUCCCAGCGAAGCCUUCACUACGGACUAUCGAUUUGUCCAAGGCGCAAUCGCAACCACCCACUGGUAAUGUAUUCGAUAUUGACGAGAUUUUUGCUAUACCACCGUCGAAGGUUUACUCGAUAUCGUCGGACCAGACGUCAAAGCAAAACCAGGGCGUUGUCUUAUGCGGUCUCGUCCGCUACGGUGCUGUUUCGAUAGGAGAUACACUAGUUGUCGGGCCGUUAUUGGCGAACCCGCACUGGCAACAUGUCCGCGUUGUCAGUGUCAGAAACUUAAGGCUACCCGUUCGCAAACUCACAGAGGACCAAGUCGGAACUAUUGGUAUUGAACCUAUUUCACAAUCAGACGAGCCACCACCGCACCUCAGCAGGAUCCGUAAAGGGACAGUUUUGGCUAGUCUACCGGAUCCUGUGCCACUUCACACUGGUUUUGUUGCUACAUUCUCUUCCAGCGAAUUUGCAUCAGCAGAAUCUCCGCCUUUGCUUCUUGGCGGAAACGCCAUCGUCUACAUCGCCAAUAUCCGAACAGCAGUGAAGGUGACCUGCGUGGAACUAGCUGAAAAUGAAGUAAUCUCGACCCCGCCAUCGCCAGCUGAACCCGAGUUUUUCUGUUUCGAUGGCGAUCCAGACCGCGGACAAAUCAAUGGCGAUUCCCGUGAACGCCGCAAUGCGGAUAUCCAGAAGGCCAUCGAUUCAACGGACGCAGCUGAGGACGUCCAUAUUACAUUCUCAUUUGUGACGUCCCUGGAGUGGGUAGAGAUUGGGUCGAGGGUGCUUGUCAUGCCUGGUGCUUCGACAUUGGCAUCGUCUGCGCCUCUGUCAGGGUCGGGGCCUGGUGGGCUUUCAGGGCUGGAGGGGUUUGUGGGGCGGGUUAGGGUGGUAAUAUGA